AUGAAGAGUGCAGUUAUCAGCUCUUUGUUUUUUUUUAAAUUAACUCUUCAAAAUAAAUUAUCAAUUUAUGAUGGAAUCAAUUCAUCAAAUGGAUUAGCAUCAAGUAUUUCCAUUGAACGUCGAAAUAUUCAACCAAAAAUCUCAGUAGUUGUUAAAAAAGAUACACGUUCACCAGCUCAAAUAUUAACAUUAUCUGGCUCAACAGUUCAAUUACCAAUAAUAAAUAAAUUAGUAUCAGCAGCUAAAUUGGCAAGUCAACCAACAAUAACAACCGCUUCAUCAUCAUCAUCAACUACAACGAAUUCAAUUCAACAAAAUGAAAAAGACAAUAGUAACUGUUAUUCAGUUAAAAGACUUAAAACAUCAGAUGAACUUGUUGCUGUUUAA